AUCCCAAGAGAGCGAAGUUCGCGGGUGACGCAUCCUUAUUGGCGUCCGCACGCGAGUGCAAACAUAGUGCACGCAAACAAGCGUAACUCUGAAGAUGUGGAUGUGUGUGCUCGUCGUCGUGGCAACCGCUGGGUUCUGUCCGGCGGUGGCCGGUGCUCGCGAGCACGCGGGGGGCACGUCCAAGGUCCGUCUGCAUCGCAAGCUGGCAAACAUCGUGCGCGACGACUUCCUCAGUUUUGCCAUCGACGAUGGCAUUGCCAAGAAGGACUGGGAGCACCUGGACCUAAGCUCCGAGAGACUGAAGUCCCUCGUCCGAGGACUCCUCCCGGCCGUCCUCCGCUUCGGAGGAACCCAGGCGGACUGCUUGAUCUUUCAGCAGGACGUCAGCCUCUUCAGGGGCACCGCCAAGUGCGCGCCGUUCCAGAAGGAGACCACACCGUUUCAGCUCACCGCUGAGUCGUGGUCUCAACUCAGCGAGUUCGUCAGCAGCCUGAACCUGACUCUGCUGUUUGACCUGAACGCACUGCUGCGGGACCCGGACGGUCGCUGGAACGGCACCAACGCCGGGAAGGUGGUCAGCACGCUGGCGGAGGAGGGACUGAGCGUCGUCUGGCAGCUGGGCAACGAGCCCAACAGCUACCAGCACAAGUUCAACUACUCCGUGGCGCCGGAGACGCUGGCUGCUGACUUCCUACGGCUGCGUCAGCUGUUGGGACCCGCCGCCCAGCUGGUGGGACCAGACGUGAACCGACCCAAGGUCAAGGGUCAGCUGGAGCAGCAGCCGGUCGACAUGCCCGCCCAGCUGUACCUGCAGGGGUUCCUGCCCACCGCCGGAGCGGCGCUAAACGCCGUGACCUUUCACCAAUACUACUUCGACGGCCGCACCGCCACCGUCGCCGACUUCACCGACCUGCGCCACCUAGCGGUGCUGCAGCGCCAAAUCGCGGCCGUGCGCCGCGUGGCCGCUGGUGCUGCCAUCUGGCUGUCGGAGACGGGCAGCGCCUGGGGCGGCGGCGCGCCCGGGCUGAGUGACGCCUACCUGGCCGGCUUCCUCUGGCUGGACAAGCUGGGGGUGGCGGCGCGGCAGGGCGUCCAGCUGGUGGUGCGCCAGGCGCUCUACGGCGGACACUACGGCCUGCUUAACGCCGAGAUGAGGCCCAACCCGGAUUACUGGCUGUCGUACCUGUACAAGCUGGUGAUGGGGCCACGGGUGCUCAAAGUCCGAGUGUCGGGACCCGAGACGGUGCGGAUGUACUGCCACUGCGGACACCGGUACCUGCCUCACGAUUCCGUGUCUUGCUUUACCUUGAACCUGGGUAACGCGCCCGAGAAGGUACGCCUGGACAGCAGCAUGCAGGAGGGAGGCAUCCAAUACAUGCUGACUCCCCCCAACGGCAACUUGACCUCAAGGGGUAUCCUGUGUAACGGCCAGCUGCUGCAGCUGGAGCAGGACCGGCUGCCGGCGAUGCCCGUCGCCCUGCUGGAGCCGUCAACGUCACUGACGCUGCCCGCCUACAGCAUGGCCUUCCAAGUGUUCCGGCGGGCCGCGCCGCGCUCCUGCCUGCUGGAGGUCUGAGGAGCGCGGCCGCCGGCAGCGACGGCGCCGAGGCCGCUGGGGGUAAGGCAUGGAGCCGUGGGGAGCGGAGCAGAGGAUCUGGCAGUGCGGGUUUCACAGCGAACAGCGGAGGGCGAAUGGCUACUGACUCUGAACUGAGGUUAGACUGAAGCCUCAGGUAUAGCUUUGACUGGAUCUUAUGGAAGUAUCGCAGACUGAGGGCCAGUCUGAUGUUGGAAGAUUAUGCGAAUCCGUCGUCAAGGUUCAGGUCCACGGUCUCGGUCAUCACAAUACCCACGCGCACGGGACCACGUUGAAGUCCGAGCAGUGACGCGACGUCUCGCGAGACCGUCUCACCAGCGCGCGUCUCACCAAGAGGCGUUUCCUUCAGCCGCACAACAGUCGUGCUCGCGAGCGUUUCACGCGUGGUCUGCGGCCCGCGCGUCGGUCG